ACACUACAUUUCUGAAUAUCAAGACAAAAAUGAAUCAAAUUUUUCUGUUGUGGUUGUCUAUGUGAACGAGGAUAAUAUUGAAAAUAUGCUGCCUUUGGAUGAAACAAACACAUCUGUUCACUCACAGAGACUCGGCAAACAGGUUGCCGUUGAGGAGCAGCUCACACCAACUGCACACAAAGUUCUUGCCUCAAUACUUAGUACACCAUCACCAAUUACCCUUGAGAAACAAAACAAACAAGGAGCAAAAAGAUCCAUCAACUUUGAUCUCCAAACAAAUGAACCACCUGAUGCAGACCAAGUAGAAGCAGAUCAUCCAGAAGGACCAGUCAGUGGAGGUUCGACUAAACGCCAGAAAAAAAAAUCCAUAGCCAAGCCCUCUAAAAUACCCUUUCUUUUGUGUAGACGCUACGUUUUGGAAGACCGA